AUGCCAGUACAGACCACGAACCCGCCUGCCUGCCGCCGCUCGUACCACUCUCACGACCACCCGACGCCCGAGUCGUCCUUCUCCCCGACCGAGCGUGCCAUCCUGACUGCCGCAUGCGCGCACGUCCCCGCCCAUGGGUUCUCACAAGCAGCGCUGUCUCUGGGCGCAAGAGACGCCGGGUAUCUGGACAUCAGCACAAACCUGCUGCCUCACGGCGUCUUCAGCCUGGUCCAGUGGCACCUGGUCUCGCAGCGGGAGGCACUGGCCGAGAAGGCGCAGGAGCUGUUCGGAGGCGCAGAGCAGCAGGAUGGUCAGCGCAUCGGCGUGGGGAGGAAGGUGGAGGCGCUGACAUGGGCGAGGCUGAUGGGCAACAGGGAGGUGAUUGGGAGGUGGCAGGAGGCUCUCGCGAUCAUGGCCCAACCGAGUUAUGUCCCCGAGUCUCUCAGGGAACUCGCCAAGCUGUCGGACGAGAUAUGGUUCCUGGCGGGCGACGUCUCCGUCGACCCAUCGUGGUACACCAAGCGCGCGUCUCUGUCCGCCAUUUAUGCAUCGACCGAGUUAUUCAUGACGACUGACAAGUCACAAGAUUUCGCCGACACGAGAAAGUUCCUACGCAGGAGACUAGAGGAGGUGCAGGACGUCGGCGGGUCACUGCGUUCAUUGGGCCAGUGGGUCGGCUUCACAGCAGGCGCGGGCUUGAACGUGCUCAGAAGCAAGGGCAUGCCAAUAUGA